CAGGCACCAGAGGAGAGAUCCUUAGCAUCCUGCAGUUCGGAAAAGCAGAAAAAGAAAAACCUCGUAUCUCAGGAGAAACCAUGAUACGAAUUAGGGAUGGCUCAUAUAACAAAGAUGCUUUAAGAAGAUAAAGAUGAGAUUCCUUACUUUUUACUGCAGAAAAUAAUUGUCUUCAGGUAAAAUCUCUGUGCUUUUUGUUUGUGGAACUUGCAUUUUAGCUGUAAUGCUUGCAGGUUUUAGCUGCUGUCUUCCCAACUUUCUCGACCACAAGGUUUGUUCCAGAGGAAAAACUCUUUCCAGGCUUUAUAUAUACAACAUGUACAUUUGAGCACUUUUUCCUCUUUCUUUUGUCUACUUUUUUCUCCAUCUCCAUCGAGGACUUUGGUGUCCUUUCUACCAACUGUUGAGGCAGGUUUCUUGAGAGUAUACAGACCCUCAAAAAUUAUUCACAAAAAAAUUUAGUAAAUCCACUUUUUUUUUAAUAUAUUUGAAGAAGCCAUUUUUUCAAGCAUCAUUGUAACCGAGGAUGGCGGGCUGUACCUGCCGCUGCCGACAGGGGGUGCUCAAGUUAAUCCAGUCUGUCCAGAGAUUGCUUUCAGGUGGCCUCGCAAAAGAUAAAACAGAUGAUGAUCUUGAGAUGACAACGGUCUGUCACAGACCAGAAGGUCUCGAUCAACUUGAAGCCCAAACCAACUUCAAUAAACAGGAGCUCCAGAUCCUCUAUCGUGGUUUCAAGAAUGAAUGUCCUAGCGGAGUCGUAAACGAGGAGACGUUUAAACACAUUUACGCACAGUUUUUUCCCCAUGGAGACGCUAGCAUGUACGCACAUUACCUUUUCAGUGCUUUUGACACAACUAACAACGGCUCCAUUAAGUUCAAGGACUUUGUUACGGGCUUGUCUAUCCUCCUGAGGGGAACUUUGAGGGAAAAACUUGAGUGGACGUUUUACCUUUAUGACAUUAACAAAGAUGGCUGCAUAAAUAGAGAGGAAAUGACAGAGAUCGUGAAGGCCAUUUAUGACAUGAUGGGUAAAUACACCUACCCAGCACUGAAGGGAGAUGUGCCACAGCAACAUGUGGAUAUCUUCUUUCAGAAAAUGGACAAAAACAAAGAUGGAGUGGUGACUUUAGAGGAGUUUGUCAUAGCCUGUCAGGAGGAUGAAACAAUGAUGAGAUCCAUGCAGCUCUUUGAGAAUGUGAUGUAGGACAAGAGGAUGUGACAGAUGAACAAUCAGAGGGCUUAUUGUGUGUUUGCAUACAGUAUGUGCAUUACUGUCUCUCUUUGUUUCCCUUGUAUUCAAUGUGGACUGAAUGCAGGCAAGUUUCCUGCAAAGACCUGGAUGACAGGACUGGACUAGAGUUAUUUUUUCGCUACAAAGUAACCUAAAUUAUUUAAUUUAUUUAUCUAAUUUCUUUGUGAAAGAAUUUUCGCCAUACAAACUGAAUGGUCCUACUACAGGAAACACUUGAAAUAGUAAUGUGAUUCAUGCCGUAUUCUUGUCUGGCUGUCACGUGCUUGCUGUUUUUAGUCGAUGUUCAGCUUGCAGCAUAACGUGAAACAAUUGUGUGUUUUGGUGUACCAGUCUGUCUAUUUAGGAACAUAUUCUUUCAAUACUGUAGUUUUUGGUUCUGCUUAUGUGUGUCUUUGAAGGUUUAACAUGUGGAAAAUGUAAAUCCUAUAUGUGUAACAUGAAGAUGUUUCCCGAUGCAAAAUCAGGAAGAUGUUUGUGAUCCUUUAUUUGCACAAUUGUGUCAUAUUAUACAGCCAAAAUGCUUGAAAAAGCUUUGUUUUUGUAUCCAUGAAUGGCAGCUUUGGAACUGGAUGUAAUAAUCCAACAUCACUGCUGAACAGUCAGCGCUACGUCCUUCAUCAACCCUUAUCUAUGAUGUAACGCUAAUGCAAAAGUAUAGAAACAGCUGGGUGACUACUGUAUUUGCCUGCAAUUUCAGUAAGGUGUAGUGUUUGGUCAAAGUGAAACAGCAAUAGAAUAUGCACAGGCUAUAGUAAACAGGGCACUAAAAUACCAAUCAUGUUUGUUUUUUUGCAGUAAAUGUAGCUUUUUUUUGCUACUGGACAUUGUUUUGUGUAACAUCAUAGCCUCAGGUCCUAGUUUGAAAAUGAUUCAUUUUUUCAAGGAAAAAAGUUAUUCUAAGCCAUACAAAUAAAUCCCUAUAUUGA